AUGCAAUUUGACAAUAAAGAUGAACUCAAGGAAGCUAUAAGGGAGUAUGCAAUUGUGCAAGGGAGGAAUGCUAAAUUGGUGAAGAAUGAUAAUAAAAGGAUUCAAGCAAAGUGUGUAGGUCACACGAAAUGCCCUUUUAUUUUGUUUGCUUCCAAGAUAGAUAAAGAUGAGCAAACAUUUACCAUAAAAACUCUCUCCUUAGAGCAUGAGUGUACUAGAGUGGACAAACUGAAAUAUACUAAUUCAAGGUGGCUGUCAAAAAGGUUUGCUGACAAGAUUAGGAAAAAUCCUGAGUGGGAUGUAGGGGCAUUCCAAUCUGAGGUAUUAGAGGUAUUAGAAAAGUACCAUAUGAAUGUUUCAAGGCAUCAAAUUUAUAGAGCAAAGGGCUUGUCCAAUGUGAUCAUUGAAGGUAGCUAUGUGGAGCAAUAUGCGAGGCUAUGGGACUAUGCAGAAGAAUUGAAGAAGGCUAACAAGGGCAGCACUAUGAUUAUAAAGAAUAAGAUGAAGGGUAAUGUACCUGUGUUUGAAAGAAUUUAUGUAUGUUUGGAAGCUUGUAAGAGGGGAUUUUUGGCAGGAUGUAGACCUCUCAUUAGUAUAGAUGGAUGUCAUUUAAAGGGAUCUUGCACAUGGCAAGUUUUAAUAGCCGUUGGUGUUUAUGGGAAUAAUGGAAUGUACCCAGUUGCUUAUGUUGUUGUAGAGGUGGAAUCAAAAAGUAGUUGGAUUUGGUUCCUUGAACUUUUGAUUGAAGACUUAAAAAUUGAGAAUGGGAAAACUUGGGUGUUUAUGAGUGACAAGCAAAAAGGUCUACUACCUACAAUUGAGACAUUACUUCCAACAGCUGAGCACAGAAUGUGUGUUAGGCAUCUCUGCAGCAACUUUAGGACAGAGCAUCCUGGCCUUGCACUGAAAAACAUUCUCUGGGCUUCGGCAAGAGCAACUACCAUUCCAUGGAUGGCCAAUAGAAGGAUUGCUGGUAUGGUUUGGAGACAUCCAGUUAGGCCUAGGAUUGUCAAGAUCAUUAAGAAGAACAAGUUGGGAGCUAGUCAAUGCAUUCCUAGAUUAGCAGGUGAGAGCAAAUACCAAGAGGCAAAUGUGUUUGACUAUGCAAAUGACUACUAUAAGAAAGAAGCUUACCUGAGUUCAUAUGAACCUAUGAAGCAGCCUGGAAGACCCAAGAAAUCAAGGAACAAAGAAUCAGCUGAUGUUGAAGUACCUGCUCCAGUUCCUCCAAAUCAUUUGAGGGACAUAAUAAGACACGGCAUGCCAACCAAGGGGCAGCACAGGCCCUUCCUAAUCAGCCCAACCAAGGAACAAUUGGCUCUUCUACAGUCCAAGGGGCAGCUCAGGCCCAACCUAAUCAGCCCAGCCCAACUAGAGGCAGAGGGAGAGGUAGAGGAACUACUACAGGAAGAAGAAGAUGAUAUGGGAGAGGAGAAAUGCCAAAUGGAAGAGGAAAUGUUGGAAAUGGGACAACAGAAAUGCCAAACAAGCCAUCUUCAUCACAACCACUCCCAUCAUCAUCAUAGCCACUCUCUUACACUGGAGCUCAUCAUCAUCAUCACAACCACCCAAGUCUCCUGCCAAGAAGCUUAG